ACGUGCGCUCGUCACCAGUUGAUUCCCGUAGAACGCACAGCGCGGUGAGUCAAACUGACGCUGCCUCGGCCACAUUGGAGCGCAGCUGCGGCGGCAACGGACGGCAGAGGAGGAGACGUAUGGCUACACUCUUCUCCUUCAUCUCCUUCCUUUUUUUUUACUAGAUAUUCUCGUGAAUUAACCUGCCCGACGCUCUCGCUCACAAGCGGCACAGAAUCGUUAUAUACGGCGAGUAACGGACCUGCAUGAGGCCGUACGCGACCGCAGCGGCACAAUAACUGCAUGUGCUGGCUGAUGAGCUCGGCGCUGCGACACAGAAGACCGGAGACCUCCAGCUGAAACCGUCUGUGUGUGUUUUUGUGCGCCAUCACGUUUUUGGGUUUAAUUAUUCAACUAGCGAGCUUCCUAGCGGCCAAUGCUGGUCAAUACACGAUUGCACGCUUUUUUAUUGAACUUAGCUAGGUGGCUAACGAUCACGCACCGCCGCCGCUGAUGAGCUCGCGUGCGUAGCGGAAUGAUGAGGAGAAAUCUUCAACAGACAGGCGGAGAGACACACACUACUGGCUCAGAUUAACGGUCAAGUCCCCAUUUAUUAAUUGGUUUGUGUGAUUAUUGGAGCCCCGCAGCCGUUGAGUAUGAGGUCAGACCCGGUGGGCCCAGCUACCAUUCAUAAAAUGAUCCUUAACGCUAUGUAUGGGCCCAUCUCUUAAUGUGGAAAACAAAGAAUUAGGCUGCCGAACAGUGUAAGCUGGUUAUAUAAGCUUAGUUAUCUAGCGUUUUAGGCGCGCGAGCAGCCUGUGUGUCGGAUUAGAGGCACAGGCAAGACUGAACUCCUCCCUGGACGCGCACUCACCCUCAAUUGGAUUAUUUUUUAUUCAUUUUUUUAACCACGGCUUCAGCGCGCUUGUUGUUCCCGUGACUCACCACAAUGAGCGGUAACACCGGCCCCGCAGAAGUGGAGCCCAUGCCGGGAUACUUGGACCUCAUCACCAGAGCCUCGUCGGUCAUGCUGGGCGCAUGGAGAGACUGUGGCCGCUGCGGUCUGGAGCUCUCCAAACGGACUCUGCUGGAUAACGCGUACAUUACUUGGACCGAAAUCGCCCUGUUCAUCUUUUGCGCCUUUCUGUGCACGCAGGUCAGGCGGGCACUGACAGAAAGUCUGUUUCAGCCUUUAGCACAGUGGUGCAGGCUGCUGCCCAAAGAUGCUGCCAAGAUGCCGGAGAGUGCGUGGAAGCUUGGCUUCUACACCAUGUCGUGGUCCUACAGCACCUACCUGCUCUUCUUCAGCUCCUACUCCUUUUUCCAUGACCCACCCUCUGUCUUCUACAACUGGAAGAGUGGUAUGUCAGUGCCUGCAGAUAUCGCCAUUGCCUACCUGAUCCAGGGAAGCUUCUAUGGCCACUCCAUCUAUGCCACAAUCUACAUGGACGCAUGGAGAAAAGACUCUGCCGUCAUGGUGGUGCACCACAUCAUCACACUGGCACUCAUCAGCUUCUCCUACGCCUUCAGAUACCACAAUGUAGGGAUCCUGGUGUUGUUCCUCCAUGACAUCAAUGACAUCCAGCUGGAGUUCACUAAGCUCAACAUCUACCUAAAGAACCGAGGUGGAGGCUAUCACCUGCUUAACGACAUUCUGUCCAACUCAGGUUCUGUCAGCUUCAGCAUCACUUGGUUCUGGUUCCGUCUCUACUGGUUCCCUCUCAAAGUGCUGUAUGCCACAUGUGUGUCCAGCCUCCAGUCUGGGCCCAACAUCCCCUUCUAUUUCUUCUUCAAUGCCCUUCUCUUGGCCCUGCUGCUCAUGAACAUUUACUGGUUUCUGUUCAUCGUUAUUUUUGUAGUGAAGGUGCUAAAGGUUAAGGAGGUGAAUGACGUCAGGGAGUACGAGGACGAGGAGGAGAGCAAAGCAACAAAAGGCCGGCACAUGGAGCCUCGGUCAGCAAACAAUGAUGAUGAUGAUGAUGAUGAUGAUGCUGGACAUCACAACUCUACCCGGAGGAAGCACGUGCAAAACGGGGUCACCAAAGAGAAGCAUCUAUAAUGGGCUCUCUGUCGCCACACCUAGCACUAGGCUACAACUACAAGCAAGACAAGGCGCCCUCCUGGGACAGCUCAUGUUCCAGAGCAAAGCUCUGAAGGGAAGAGUGUCUAAAAAAAAACAGAAAAGGGGAAGGGGAAAAAAAAAGUUAGGGCACGAUGACUUUUUAUUCUUUUUAUUUGUUUCAGAACAUUUAUCACUGUUGUUUUGUUCUCCGUGUUGGUUUAUUCAAAUUAGAGCACUAUGAAUGUUACUUCAGGUGACUUUUUUGUCUUAUUGUUCCUAACUAUACAUUCAUAUGAAAACAAAGCAGCCGUAGUGAGAGUUAGGCUGUUAUUGUAUUAGGGAGUGUCAUUAUCAAUGGAUGGCACUGAAACACCCAGACUAGGCAAAUGGUUUAGGGCUUGCAGUGAGGUUUUUAAGACUGUGAGACCUACACUAACCUUACAUUACCCCCACAGAUGGUACGUACACUGAUUCUGUCAGGGUGAGACUGGUUUCCCCCCCCCCCCCCCCCCCCCUCUCUAAACCCUGUCUGCAGUGAUGAUGAGCUUGCCUGUUGCUGUUGCACCACAUGUAUUGAUUUCCAUAUUAUUGCACAAGUCAGUGGUGGCGUCAGCACAGCAGCUCUGGCCCCUCUGCAUCCAUUAGUUUGAUAUGAAAAACCACAUUGUUGUGUGUGUGUGUGAUGAGUAUGGAUGUAGCUGACUGUUAAACUCACAACAUUUCACCUCUCGGUUUUUCUUUUGUGAUGAUAAUCGACAGACAUGAGGAACAUUCGUGUAUCAUUCCUGUACAGAAAAAAAAAGCUGUUCUUUUUCUUUUUCUUUCUUUUUAUUAUUAUUAUUUUUGUUUCAUCUUUAUCCAGUGUGUGUUGCGAAGCAUCGGCCGCUGCACUGACAUGAAGGCAAACAAGCGUCGUGCUGGUUUAAUGACAGCAAAGAGCGAGAAUUGAUUGACUGAAUUACGUGUACGACCAACUUUAGUGGUGGUGGCCGUUUCAAGUCUCACGGGUAAUUUGGAAACAGUAGCCCAGAACUUGUUUUUAACAUAAAAAUAAAUCAAUAAUAACAAUAGUAAGUAUAUUGAUAAUAGGAAAAACAUUAUGUAUGCACUCAUUAUGGUAUUCAGGAAUGCAUGUCAUUGGAAUGAUUUUGGAAAUGUGCUAUGAAAUUGUCUUACCAUCAAAUAAUUGAAGAAAAAAGAAAAAGCAUCCAUGUAAUCAAAUGUUUUUUUUUUUAUAUUUAAUUUAUAUAAAUGUCUAAGACUUCUCCUAAAUGUGAGCAGCAGUGACCAAGGAACACACAAACACACACAAACCAGUAGUCAUUCAUAAAUGCAACUUUAUCAAUAUCACAAAUAUGUACAUCAGUGGUUUUUACAUCUUUUUCACAACUAAGCUGUGAACACUUUACAUCCGGUUAAACUUGUCAAUUGACGAACAGGAACAAACAUUCUGCAUUUGAUUUCACCGCGAUCUUGACCUGUAUCAGACCGAUACUGACACUGAGCUUUGUAUCGGCCUGAAAAAGUCAGUCCGUGUGUGUGUGUGUGUGUGUGUGUGUGUUCUCACACUGCUGCGUCUGUAGACAUUAAAGGGAUAUUUCUAUUCUUCCUACCUCUCGAUCAAAGUUCCAGCUCUUGUUUGGAUGAACAGCAGGCUUGUUCUGCUGGAGCAGAAGCCGCAGGAGAAGAAGCGUUGUCGUCUUUUACUCCCAUUUGUUCGUCUUCCACACUCCUCACCUCAGCUCUUUGAGGUGCUGAAAAUACUUGUCAUACGUUUCAUUCAUCUCUCUAUUUUAUUUCUUUAGUUCAGGUAAUAGUUGUUGAUUUGUUUUUGGAAUUGCUGCUGUUUUUAUUUGUGUAUUUUCCUCCUCUGAGAGCACUGUUUGUAUUCCAGUUGUUGUUGUUUUUUUCUGCUGUGUAGGAAUCAGAUAUUUCCUGGGACCAGGAAGAGCCACGUGUGCAUCUACAUUACAAAUGCUGAUUUAGUCUGAGAAUAUCUGUUCCUUUGAAUCCGAACGCUGGUUCACGCUCAUUCUGCUGUAGUCGUCAUCGUCAUCAUCACACAUCUGUCACUGCAUGGUGUUAUGGCAGGAAGUGACCUCACUGGUCACUGCUCAACUCAUACACACCAUUGUUUUUAAUGGUUGUAUGAUAACUGGUGACUAAAAUGAGAUUUUUCCCCACUUAACAGACUUAAAGCUCACAUGACCCCCAGGUCAUUAAGUGCUGUGCUGAUGUGAACAGUCUGAAGGUUGGAUUUGGAAUACUAUCAACAUCUGUGGAUUCUAUAUAUACUAUAUCUUGAAUUUCAGUUUCUGGGCUAAUUCAUGUUUUGUUUUUAUUCCAUUUUACUGGAUCACAGAACACUGAUUAUUUGUUGUGUUGUUACAUUAACCAUCAAUGAUAUCUGAAAAUCAUUACGAAAAAAAUGUUUGAAAAUGUUUCACCUGUAGACUGACACUGGCUUAUUUCCCUAAACAGUCGUCUACUAGGUCACAAAUUUGUGCUAUUACAAUGAAAAUGUGGGUAACAGUUUUCAUUUAAAAAAAAAAAAAUGGUAAUAGAAUGGCAAUCAUUUUGAAAUAGGAAUUAAUAAUACAAUAGAACCAUCUUAUUGUUCUAGUAGGAUGAAGUUCAACAUGGCAUACUGUAAUAGUGUCUCCUUAUUCCCUGACUGAAAAAAACCCAAGUUGGUAAAAUUCUCUUAAUGUAUGAUAUUACAAAAUGAUUACCAUGUUGUU